CUGGGGCAGGAAGUCCAUGAUCCCUAAGAUCGCCAGAAGCUGCAACCCUAGGACUAUGCAUCCUUGGGGAAACCCCUUGCAGGGGAAAAACCCAAGGCGGCCAGAACGCUGCUCUGUAGACGAGGCAACCGCCCCGUUCCAUGGUCUCCAGGUAAGCUCUGUACCUUUCAACCCAGCGGUUUUUGUCACGUGGUCUCAGCCAGUGAGACAAAUUGUCGAAGCCUGGCGGUGCCCCGGGCGGCGGCCGGGGCUGCAAAGAAGAAGAGGGUCUCUGGGCAGUACGCGACUGCAGAGAUCGGUCAAGCAGCUUCCGAGCUGCAAAAAGGGCAACGAGCCAUGUGGGGUCCGUGCGUCAAGGUCGAGGGCACCAGGGGGCCCAGAAAGUCGAGCAGCCGGCGGCUGCUUGUGUUGUUCGGGCAGCUAAAGCUGCAGUAGUCGGUCG